AUGUCUGGAGUUAGUGAAACAGGAUCGACCACCAAUACUGCCACAUCGGGCCCCACACCCUCAGGACCCCCUCCCCACAGCACCACAGUUACAGCAGUAAUAUCUAGCCCAAUGACAACUACUGCAACUAUUACUACUGCAGUCGGAUCUACUGUCACCACCACCACAACUUCAGGAAUAUCAAUGUCAGAACCUACAGCCAGCACUACUGUCUCACCACCAUCGGUAUCAACAAGCCCAGUGACAGCCAUCACCUCAGAAAUCACUGAAACAGGAUCGACCACCAAAACCACCACUUCGGGCCCCACACCCUCACUACCACCUCCCUACAGCACCCCAACAGUAACAGAAACUACUAGCCCAAUUUCCAACAGUGCAACUUACAGUACUCCAGUAAGAACUACUGCCAUCAACACAUCAACAACUUUUGGACUAUCUUCUUUAGAGCCUACAGCCAGCACUACUGUACCUCAGUCAUCCGUAUCAAGUCCCGUGUCAGUCACCACUUCUGGUACAACUCCAACAGAAUCUUUUACCACAACUUCAGGAACUACCUCUAGUAAUUUUACUAUGAUCACUGCAAGCACCAUCACCUCUGGAAUUCCUUCCUCUGGCUCAACUAGUAGUACUUCUGGUCCAAUUGCAACCUCAAGUGCAGUCACUCUUCCAGGAAGUUCUACAUACAGUACAGUUACUAAAUUCAGUGCUUCAAGUCUACCACCAACCACUCCUGGAAAAAAUUGUUCUAUUUCACCUAAUGAAUCUUAUGCGGUGAGUAGAUUUCUGCUGUGGGUGGAGACUAACCACAUAAUUUCAAUGUUUUAG